AUGGGUCUCCUUACCUUGUUGAGGAAGCUAAAGCGAAACGACACGGAGCCACGUAUUCUUAUCCUUGGGUUGGAUAAUGCUGGAAAGACAUCUAUUCUUCGCAAACUUUCAGAUGAAGAUCCAACUACCACCCAAGCUACGCAGGGAUUUAAUAUCAAAUCGAUCAAUUGCGAGGGAUUUAAGCUUAAUAUGUGGGAUAUCGGUGGCCAAAAGGCGAUCCGUGUCUACUGGCCCAACUAUUUUGAUGAGGUGGACUGUCUAAUAUAUGUUGUGGACUCCGCUGACAGGCGCCGCUUGGAUGAGACCGCGUCGGAACUUGAAAAUCUUCUUCAGGAAGAAAAACUGCGAGAAGUCCCUUUUCUUGUGUUUGCCAACAAGUGUGAUCUCGCAACUGCGCUUUCUCCCGAGGAUGUCAGUACUGCUUUGAACCUUCAGAGCUUGCGCGAUCGUACAUGGUCUAUUCAAAAAUGCAGUGCCAAAACCGGGGAGGGUCUUCAUGCGGGCCUUGAAUGGGCAGUGAAGAACCUGAAAAAGUAG